AAAGUAUCAAAGUUAGUGAUAACAGUGCCUAUAAAUGUAUGUUUUGUGUGAUUUGUGAGCAUCGCGAUGUGGUACAUACUGGGAUUUUUAGCUCUCCUGGAGAGUGUUAGAGCCGGGCUAGUACCUCGGGUGCCUCGGGACACUCAUCUUCAGUACCCUGUCUGCCGCCCGUCCUCCGUCCGAUGUACUGAAAAAAAUCAUUUCCAAAACGAAAACGUGUAUAAAGUUAAUGGUCAUGAGCUAAUCAUAGACUUUCUGGAUGGAAGUUAUUUUAAGCUGCGGUGCGACAGCGAUAGCAAAUAUUCCUCGAUGUUAUUGGAUGACCACGAAAUGCCUGCUUUCUCAUGGCCAAUGACAGUAGAGGUCGCAGUAUUCAACCAGUGCCUGAUUCCUCAAGAUACAUACUACGCUGCUCUGAAAGCAGUUAAUGUCACUGUUACGAAAACACUGAGGCUGAGGUUGCCCGCAGAUUCUAAGCUGGAGGUCCAUCACUUGAGGGGUCUGCAAAUAACCAGCCUCGAGAUAAGUGCUGUACAUUCUUUCAAACCGCCGCGCCCUUCUUUUGACUUCCUAGAUGAGGUACCAAGACUGCGGAUACUGAAACUUACUGAUAUUGUACUGGAGCCUAAAGCAUUUAACCGAUUACCGAUCUCGCUUGAGAUCUUAAACAUUAUAAAUGCGAGGUUGCUUGCUGCAGAGCACGUGCUUCAGAACGACAAAAACAAUACACGACAUUGGCUCGAACGCCUAAACUCACUGCAAUCUCUACUUCUAUCAGCUUCCUCAGUCAUUGUAGCAGACUAUCCAGGCGAAAUAUUUACAUUGCCGCAACUAUCCUCGCUGACUAACUUGGUUAGCAUGAGUCUACAUUACAUGAAUUUGGAAUCAGAAAAACUUACUUAUUGGCUUAAAAACUCAACUCUAAAGUAUCUUACGUUGCAAUCCUGUGUAUUGACAACUCUACCAAAAUCCAUGUUUACGGGUGCACAUCUAUCUAAAAUUACGCUCGCCUACAACCAAAUUACAUCUUUACCAUUAGGGCUGUUCACUCCGCUAAGGGACAGCUUGCAAGAGCUUGACUUGUCGCACAACAAGCUAAACCAAGCGACGGUCGCGAAUUCAGUGAAGCAGUUGGGGAGGCUGGUGACCUUGAAGGCCAAUGAUAACCCUUUGGGAUCGCUGUGUGGCGAUGCCAGUAUCGUUAAAGCUCCGCUGAAUUCAGGGUUGCCCUCGUCGCUGCACCGGCUUGAGCUAAGGAACACUGGCGCAACCCGCAUCUGCUCUGAUUGGAUCAGUAAUGAUGCACUUAUGGACAUCGACCUUAGUAACAACAAUAUUACUGAAAUCACGUACAGCGACUUGGAGAUGAUAAGAACUGUACGGGGCACUGUACGAAUAAACCUGAAGAAGAAUAAUUUGCGAAAAAUUUAUGUUUCGCGCAGUGAUCACCAACAAUGUCAAGCGAAGUCACCAAUUCCCGACGAUCCCAGUGUUAUAACGCGUGUUCAGGUCGAGCUUGACCUUGAUAAGUUGCCCUGUGAUUGCAAUGCGUACUGGCUACGUGAGGUUCUGCGUAGCUGUUCACUUCUAAAGUUAAAGGAUGACGUCGAAUGUUUGCCAUAUCCCAUACCGCUUCAUACCAAGCUACUACAAUAUCUUAUUGACGAAAUUUCCUGUCCUUACACCGAUGAAUGCUUACCAGAGUGUUCGUGCAAGAAUCGGCCGCGCGACAAUGCAACGGUAAUGUUCUGCCCCGGCGCUCUGCCGCGGGAUCCUCACUGGCCACUGGCGACUAAGGACUUCCCGUUGGCGUUGCAUGUGGCACCCGGAACGUUGGCCGCCGUGCCUAACAUCACACUUGUGGAGUUGCACGCACCCAACAAUAACAUCACCGAGUUGGCCGAUGAAGAUAUACCUGAUACCUUACGAGUGCUAGACGUGCGUAACAACAGCAUCUCGCGUAUCUCACUGGACGCGGCGAAGGUUCUUGCUCAAAUUGAAAAUGUCUCAGUGUAUCUCUCCGGAAACCCUCUUGCAUGCGAAUGCAAUGACGCAUCUGCCUUCAGUCAUCUGAACUUUGUGGGAGGCGGAGAUUGGAAUUUAACACAAUGCGUCGACAUGAGUUUAGCUUCAGGAAAAACCGAACGUGAUCUGUGUCCUAGUCCACUACCGAUAGUGUUCGGCGUUGUCUUCCCAUUACUUCUGAUAGCGGUUGCAGGUCUAACAGUUUACCUUCUGGUUCCUCGCGUUAAGCAAUUUAUGUUUAGACACGAUCUGUGCGCUAACUGGAUUCUUAGGGAGUGUAAUGACAGCAACGAUCCGGAAAAAACAGAUGAUGCGUUCCUUUCAUAUUCCUAUGUCGACUUAAAUCUACUUAAAGAACUAAAAAAUGGGUUAGAAAAACUCGGGUAUUCCACAAUAGAACAUCAAACUGAUUGGCAGCCAGGUGACGCUGUGUUGGAGCAGAUUGCAUGGUCGGUGCUAAAAGCCCGUCGUACACUUCUACUUGUGACGGAUAACUUUGUUGAAUCUGAAUGGACUCCGGUGGAGUUUCGCAUUGCGCACCGUCAUGCAUUAAAAACUCGAACAAAGCGGGUGCUGAUCGUUCACUGCGGAUUACAGAAACCGAAAAAGUUGCCAUUGGAUUUACAAAUCUAUUUAGAAAACCACACUUACUUAGAAUGGGAUGACCCCAAAUUUUGGCACAAGCUGCGCCGGUUCAUGCCGCCGCCGCGUCAAGAAUCUGUGCAAUCAAGACCCGAAGACAUAGAUUCGCCUUCCCCGUUAAUGCAACAAAAUUUUCCGCUUUUCGAGAAGAGCCCACAGAAGCCUCAACUGGUAGCAGCGCUACUUUCUACUAAUACCGUUCCCUCUGCAUGUUGAGCUUUAGGCAAUUAAUGAU